GGGCCCCACGCGGAACCGGCUCCGCGCCUCUGUCCCCGCGUCUCCACCCGGCUCGAGCGCAGCGCAGCACAGUCAGUCCCCGGCCUCCGAGGGGCGCCCCGGGCCCCGCCGCGCACCAUGGGCACUGCCCACUCUGCGUCCGAGGAGGUGCGGGAGCUCGAAGGCAAGACCGGCUUCUCCUCGGACCAGAUAGAGCAACUGCACCGGAGAUUCAAGCAGCUGAGCGGGGACCAGCCCACCAUUCGCAAGGAGAACUUCAACAAUGUCGCUGACCUGGAGCUCAACCCAAUCCGAUCCAAAAUCGUUCGUGCCUUCUUUGACAACAGGAACCUGCGCAAGGGACCCAGUGGCCUGGCUGAUGAGAUCAACUUUGAAGACUUCCUGACUAUCAUGUCCUACUUCAGGCCCAUUGACACCACCCUGGGCGAGGAACAGGUGGAGCUGUCCCGAAAGGAGAAGCUGAAAUUUCUGUUCCAUAUGUAUGACUCGGACAGCGACGGCCGCAUCACCCUGGAAGAAUAUAGAAAUGUGGUGGAGGAGCUGCUCUCCGGGAACCCUCACAUUGAGAAGGAGUCAGCUCGGUCCAUUGCAGAUGGAGCUAUGAUGGAGGCUGCCAGUGUGUGCGUGGGGCAGAUGGAACCAGACCAGGUGUAUGAGGGGAUCACCUUUGAGGACUUCCUGAAGAUCUGGCAGGGGAUCGACAUUGAGACCAAGAUGCACAUCCGCUUUCUCAACAUGGAGACCAUCGCCCUCUGCCAUUGACCAUGCAAGAAAGGGGGUGGCUGAGGCCUGCUGUUGAG